UUAAAUAUAAUAUAACAAAAAUAAACUAUAUAAAGUCUAGAAUAGGAGGGCUCUAGAGUAUUCAUAAGGCUAAGAAGGACAUUUUUCUCUUUUCACUUCAACCCUUCAUUCCUCUUAGUCUAAAACAAAAUACUAAAUUCAAUGUAUCAAUUUAUAAACAUGUAGUCCAAAUCCAAGUUGUCAUUCAAGUUGUAUAUUAUAUGUAUUACAUAUUUUUUUUUAUAUAUAUAAUAUAAUCACAUAAAAAUAUUGUUGUUGUGAUUUUGUGUCUUGAAUUUAGCUUCUUUAUUUUUUAUGGUAUUGAUUGGGUUUUGGUUGAUUCAAUUUACCGACAAAAACCUUAGUUUGAUCUAGUUGGUUGUGAAAUUUGGAUUGUGAUUAUUGUUGGAAAUAAUAAUAAUAAUGGCUAAUGAAGGAAACAAAAGCAAUGAUUUCUAUUCAAUCUUGGGAUUGAAUAAGGAAUGCACUGAUUCAGAGUUAAGGAAUGCUUAUAAGAAACUUGCACUGAAAUGGCAUCCAGAUCGUUGUUCAGCUUCAGGGAAUGUGAAGUUUGUGGAAGAAGCUAAGAAGAAAUUUCAGGCUAUUCAAGAAGCCUAUUCUGUUUUAUCUGACGCGAACAAAAGAUUAAUGUACGAUGUUGGAGUUUAUGACAGUGAUGACGACGAAAACGGUAUGGGUGACUUCUUGAACGAAAUGGUUACAAUGAUGAGCCAAACUAAAUCUAAUGAAAAUGGAGAAGAGAGCUUUGAAGAGUUGCAACAAUUAUUUGAAGAUAUGUUUCAAUCGGAUAUUGGAUUAGGUGGAAGCACUUCUUUUACAGCUUCUAGUUGCUCUACUUCAUCUACUUUCAUGACUUAUAAUGAAAGUUCUAAUUCUAAUAAACGCAAUUCAACUCAAAUGAAUUGUGGAAAGGCAGAGGAUUCUUCUAGCUAUGAUGCCAAUUACCAGAACUUCUGUUUUGGGGUGAAACGCCUUCAAGAAGUUGUGAUGAAGGAAAACGAGGGAAUUCUAGAAGGAGGAGGUAGCCAUAGAAAAGAAAGAAAAGGAAGAAAGCAAAAAAUUUCAUAUGGUCAUGAUGUUUCUUCUAAUGACCAUCAUGGAAUAUCUACUAAUUAAUAAGAUUGAUGGCAUGUUGAUUAAUUAGUGUGUGAACCUUGUCAUUUUGUUAUGGGAACUCCACAAUGUUGACUUGUUACAACUAAAAUAUUAGGGUGAAGAGCAUAGUUUAUGUCAAUAGUAAGAAGUAAGUACUAGGGUAAGGAGGUCACAAAUGCAUUGAAUUUUGAUGGUAGUGGCACCUUUCAAACCAUUGUACUCCCAUGCUAGGAAUUUGAGUUCAAAUCUAUUUACAAGUCAUUUUGGUCUUUUUUAUUUA